CAAGCCUUCAGCUGUCCAGGAGAGCCGGAGGUCUUCUACAAGCAAACCACCUGCACGGACGAAUUGUUGAUUCUCGCCCUCGGACCUCUUGCAGAUCAAGGGCAUUUUGAAGGCGUCGGACUCGGAAUUCUCGAAGCUCUCGUACGAGGAGAUUUGGGAGACUCUUAUCUCUUACAACCCCUUUAAAGAAAUGCCUUACAAUACAACUGCCAUCCCUCCUCGGAGAGAGCCAACAGGCUCGACGCAGCUCCCAUUGUCACGAGUCAGAAAGAUGAUCGCCAUUGAUCAAGACAUCAACCUGUGUUCGAACACCGCUGGCUUCGUCAUAACACUGGCUACGGAGUUGUUCGUCCAAUACCUAGCUGAGUCCGCCCACAACGUCGUUAAAUCGGAGCGAAAGCCUCGCCGAAAUAUCCAAUAUCGAGAUAUCUCCAGCGCAGUCUCCCACCUUGACAACCUUGAGUUCCUGGUUGACGUGGUCCCGAAGACCGUUCCGUACAAAGAAGUCAAGGAGAGGAAGACCACCGCCGGACCUAAAAUCAAUGGUGAGAGCUCCGUUGAACCAGGCCAGACGACGCUCGAUGGCAAGAAACCGGCUGUCAAUGGAACGAAUGGACUUGAACAUGCUGGGCCGUCUGGAACUGCAGGUGAGGAUGAUCCCAACGCGCAGCUGGAGAUGGAAAUGGAGAUCAGGGGAGCAAGAGCCAGUGUCGGAUCAUCGUCGGGAUAUGGUGGCAAGGAAACUUCUCAGGAUGUCGAGAUGCAUUAGAUUAUUAAGCUUUAUUUUCCUGUAUUAGAUUAUCUGGCGUUCUGGAGCAGCAUUUGGUCAUCGAAAUGAAUUAAUGACUUGUCCUGCAAAAAGCUGGAACGAAUGUAUGCGAACUAAUCAUUUUCAGACAACCAGUUUUCUAUAUCCACAAAGAGCUUGGUAGCCAGAAAACGCCCAUACUUUUUGUCAUUCUACCGCCAACGCCUUGAUAUGCAGAAGUUCGAUUUCAUUUUCCCGGGCAGCUCUUCUACUCCUCCAUGGCCUCAUCAGCUCCUUGUGCACCAAGUGGGACCCUCCCUUCGUUCAGCUCUUUUUCUAAGCGUAUGAUCUCCUGUAAGCUCUUCGCGUUUCUAAUCAUCUCCUCGACCUUCUUGCGCUCCUUUUCCGUCAGCUUAACCCGGUAGUUCUUCGAUGACGAGUUGGCCGAGGCACCAUUCGCUGAAGGGAUGUCAAAAGUCUUGGACUUGACGCCCAUGAUCUAAUCUCAAAU